AUGCGAUUACUCAACGUGGCCACUUUCCAGCUUGAAACGUUCCACCAUUCAGAUCUCCCUAUCCCAGAAUAUGCCGCACUAUCACAUACAUGGGGACACGAAGAGGUCACAUUUCAGGAUAUUAUGACUGGCUCGGGCCGAGAAAAAGCUGGCUGGCCCAAAAUACUUGAGUCGGCCGCCAAAGCAGCAGAGCAUAGUUGCAAAUACAUCUGGAUCGACACGUGCUGUAUCGACAAAACCUCAUCGGCCGAACUUUCUGAAGCAAUCAAUUCCAUGUUCCGUUGGUAUCAAAAGUGUAAGAUUUGCUUCGCUUACCUUGAGGAUAUCUCGGUACAAUACAAAGCAACAACCAGCCAUUUGAGCAUUGACUCUGUGCUUGUCGCUCCUGGAACCAAAUCGCCUUCGCCACUUCAUCAUCCUGUCUCUUUUUCGAAAGCUCGCUGGUUCAGCAGGGGCUGGACGCUCCAAGAGCUCAUCGCUCCGGGUGUUCUCUACUUUUAUGAUUCAGACUGGAAUUUCAUUGGGGAGAAGAAGACUCUCUUAAGGAAAUGUCUGAGGUCACGGGAAUUGAUGCAGACGUGA